ACUAAAUAUUGUGACCGUACCAAAUCCCAUGUAACCUAAUUGGAGUCAGAAAAUAAAAGUGUAUUAAUUAGUAUUCGGUUUAUUUACUUAUCUCUGAACACGACACCCCACCAUCUAAAUUGGUGACCCCGUGUGGAGAAAGUGUGAACUGUAACCAGUGAAUUUGGACUUGUAAUUCAGUGAAUCGGACGACCGGGGCAACUCACACAAGUGUACGUAGUGUCGGCUUAAUAUUAGUGCGCGUCAAAUUAAGAAAUUAUAAUGUCGUCUGAAGACAAGAAGGUCGUUAUUGAAGAACAUCAACUGUCGUCCAUCUCCAUCACAACUAGAAUUCCGGAAUUUUGGAAGAAGUCGCCUAGAACAUGGUUUAUCCAAGCAGAAGCAGUUCUAAAUCCUCAGAAGAUGUCCGACGAAUCAAAGUACCAGGUCCUUAUUUCAAAAUUACCCCCGGACGCAGUUGAGCAAGUUACACAGAUCCUUGUGGAUCCCCCUGAGAAAAAUAAAUAUGAGACCUUGAAGAAUAAGUUGAUAUUUAUAUAUCAAGAAUCCGAAGAGCGGCAAGUAAAAAAACUCAUUGGCGAAAUGGAAUUAGGCGACCAGAAACCAUCACAAUUACUUCGAAAAAUGCAAGACCUAGCCAGGGGACGAAUAAAUGACGAAACACUCAUAGUUAUGUGGCAAAAUCAUUUACCAAAUUCGGUGCGAGGAGUUUUAGCUGUAACGGAAGAAAAAGAUCUAGAGAAAUUAGCAUCAAUAGCGGAUAAAAUAAUGGAAACAACGACUCCCAUAAAUAGUGUUGCGACUGUCAAACAGGAACCAGGCCCAUCGGGUUCUCAGGACCAAAUUAUUUCGGCAAUAAACAAAUUGAGUGAUAGAUUACAAAAUUUAGAGUCAAGAUCACGAGGCCGUUCAAAUAACUGGCGAAGGAAUAACUUUAGACGCAACAGAUCCAGGUCAGGGUCAAGAAAUCGCACAAGGAAAUUCGAAGAUCCAAAUUGGCUAUGUUUUUACCAUUAUAAGUAUCGCAGCAAGGCAACUAAAUGCGUGGAUCCAUGUAACUGGAAGAAAAAACACGACAAGGACAAGCCAGCGGAAAACUAGAGU